AUGGAGUACAAGUGCCGUUUCUCGUGGAUGCUGCAUGGAGCGACUGUGAAUAUUUUGACAAAGCGUGACCUUGACAACAUAUUGUCGAUUAGAAAUGAAAAUAUACAUCUAAAGAAAGCGAAAACCUCCGUUUAUGCCUUUCGAUCUCGCGAACCAAUCCAGCUACAAGGAAAAUUUGACACUGUCAUUGAAUCUAAACGACGGGUCGCAGCUGCAACUCUGUAUGCCAUGAAAGAGACACCUGAUCAGCGCUCAACCUCAAUUUUGAGUUAUCAAACUGCUCUAGAGUUAAACUUAAUAACAAUGCGUACCAAUAAGUUAUCAGAGCAACCGGAAGUAAACAGCAGUGUGUCGGAACAAAGCAGUUCAAACACAGCGAAUGACAUUAAUCAAAGCAAAAACAUGGAACGCGUUUUUACGACGGCGUUAUCCAAAAUCGUUUGAAGGAAUAGCUAGCAAACUGAAAGACCAUGAGCAGAAGAUACACAUAAACAAGGACAGUCCACCGGUAGCUCAAACAUACAGGCCACCUUAAUUUUCACUUGCGAAAGCAAGUUGAUGAAUGGAUUGAAGAAUAUAUUGGAAAAGACAUAAUUGAGCCAGUUGUAGAUGAAUGUACAGAGUGGGUUAGUGGACUUGUUGUCACACCCAAGCCAAGAAAUCCAAAGGAAGUUCGGGUAUGUGGAGAUUAUAGACAAGCCAAUAAAGCAGUCAAGAGAGAAAGGCAUCCCAUUCCAACUGUUGAAGAGCUUACGGAAAACAUGGACGGUUCCGUAAAAUAUAGUAAAGUUGAUUUGAAAGCAGGCUACCACCAAAUACCCCUUGACAAAGAAUCGCGAUCGAUUACAACUUUUACAACACAUCGAGGACUAUUUAGACAUAAGUGCAUGACUACCCUUUGGCAUUAAUGCAGCAAGUGAAAUUUUUCAAAAUGCAAUUGAAAGAGCUAUCCAAGGACUAGACGGUGUUAAAAAUAUUGCAGAUGACAUCAUUUUCUGGGGCAAUACACAACAACAACAUGCAUAUAUAUGAUCAGAGGGUAGAAGAAUUAUUUGCAAGGCUUCAAGAGAAAAUCCUUACUGUCAACCCUGAAAAAUGCCUGUUCAACCAGACAGAACUUUGGUUUUAUGGAUUGCAUUUGACAUCAAAUGGUAUCAAGGCUGAUCCGAGUAAGGUCGAUGCUAUAAAGAAUACAGCCCAACCCAGAGAUGUAAAAGAAUUGAGAAGUUUUCUCGGACUAUCCAAUUAUUGUAGCAAAUUCAUACAGAAUUACUCAACCUUAACAGCACCACUACGGGAACUACUGUAA